AUGAUGGACAGCGACGAUGCCCAAGGUCCUUCCUCGGAUCCUGAGUCUUCACACGCGUUCAGUGAGGUACAGACAAUGAGGGUGACCAUUUGCCUCAAAGAUAGAGGCCAGGCCAAGGCCAGCGGCCCCACUGAGCCAGGAGACCCACCCAAGCACUGGAGUGGCCAGCCCAGGGAAAGUUUCAUCCCAAUGCCCUCUGUGCUGACCUCUUCUCCCCAGGGGCUCACCUCCACCUCCAGCACGGAAAGGCAGGUCCCCUCCAGAGAGGUAGAAAGUGUUUCCUCUAAGAAAAAGCGAAGUGUAGAUCCGGGCAAGGGAGGGAGCGAGCCGAGGCACCCAGGAGCAGCCGCUGCUACUGAGGCACGCGGCACACCCAGGGCCAGUCCCCGAAAGAAGGCGGCCCAGAAGAAAAAGGCCCUGUGGGAAACACCAUCAGUUACCCUGGGUAGAACUUUCCAGCAGUGGGGACAGAGACUCAAGUCAGCUGCAGCAGAACCAGCCACUUUCCCCCCAAUCUCAGGUGUUGGGCUGCCUAAGAGGGCCAAGAAAUGCUCAUUGCUGCCUUUGGGACCCAAACAGUUCAAGAACUGCUACCCUGGGAAGAGAGCCGUGGCGAAGAAGAGCAAGGAGCUCCAGCCCGCGGCCAAAGAGGAGAGGGACGCAGCCCGAGGUGCCAGCGCGCAGGCCCAGCUUUCAACACACGGGGCAGAGCCGCCCGGCCUAUGCAUGCAUGAGAGAGAAUUCGGCGGUGCGGAUCCCAACAGCAAAGCACCCCAGGAUCCAGGAAAGUCCCCGGCCUUGGCCCUGAGCCAGAGAGGCAUCAUAAUCAGAGUCUCUGCACCUUCUGGUGACCAAGAACCGCCUCUGCCACUUGAUCUGGACAUGGAGCCGUCCCCAGGAGUCGAGGGCUGUUCCCGGUGCCAAGAGUUGCAGAAGGAAAUAGAAGGCCUCCAGAGACGACUAGCGGCCAUGCAUGCUCUCAGGGAAAAGUUGCAGAUCCCCUGA